CAGUAUGGACGGCCGUGAUCGCCCCCAGCCUCAUCGUUGCUCGCAUCAGCAAAAAUUUUGAUAACCCAAUCCGUUCCUCUUCCCCCGUGAGGUGCGGGCGCGAGCGAUGCGGAGCAGCAGCCAUGGAGGUCGUCAGCCUCAAACCCUUCUUUAGGGUUCCUCCCUCCUCUCAUCUCCAUCAGAACCCUACCCGUUCCCGUUCCACGCUCCUCUCCUAUCAUUCCCGAUCCAAACCCUCGCCCGUCUCCAUCUCCUUCGAUUCCCCGGCCAGGAGGUCACCCCCCACCGUCGCCGCCCCAUCUGUCUCCAGCUCGCCUCGCUUCAACCCGUUCUGCCUCCUCCUCCCCAUCCUCCACUCCUUCGGUGGGUUCGUCCUCUCCCGGCUGCCAAAGGUGCGACCUUGGCUGCACGGCGGCCUCGAUGGUCGCGACGGGGAGGACGGCUACCUUUGCUGCGGCAGCAUCGGGACGCUGCUGAUGACCACCACCGCAGCGGUGUCCAAGGCCCGGGUCAGCCCCUUCCUGUGGACGCUGGCCGGGAACCCGACCUUCGUGUCGGGGCUCGUGGCCUGGUCCCUGGCGCAGACCAUAAAGAUGUUCCUCAACUUCUUUGUGGAGCGGAGGUGGGACCUCGGGAUGCUGUUCAGCUGCGGGGGAAUGCCGUCGUCCCACUCGGCGCUUUGCACCGCGCUCACGGCUUCGGUGGCGCUAUGCCAUGGAGUGAGCGACUCGCUGUUCCCCGUGUGCCUUGGCUUCAGCCUCAUCGUCAUGUAUGAUGCGAUUGGCGUCAGACGGCAUGCCGGCAUGCAGGCUGAGGAGAUAUACAGAAAAGGGUCAGAUAUCGGUCAAGACGGGUGAUGUAUCAGCCGAUACGGUCGAAGCUCAUGUUGUGUCAAUUGAUAUGGGUUAGUUCCAGUUGGAAUUUGACCGAUAUCGAUCCCAAUCGGGUCAAGUUUGAUCCCAACAGUCAAAUUGACCAUUGGGGCCUCUUUUCUCUCACUCGCUUUCAUUCUCACACUCUUUCUCACCCGUUCUCUCACUCUCGCUUGUGAUCAUAGUUCGUAGUUGGUGAUUAGUGGUAAUUAAGCUAUUGAUUUGGAUAAAAAAGGGGUUGGAAUUCGAGAUCCAGGGGAAUUUCUCUCAAAUUUGAAGGUAUUUAGUUUUUUUCUAUGUUUUAUUUAUCAUUCCAUUUAAUUAGAGGCGUAUAAAUGCAUAUUUACAAAGAUUAAACAUGAUUAAGCUCAUUUUCUUGUUAGUAACAAUUAGGUCUAUUGUCUUAAUUUAGGCCCAAAUUGGAGGUAUUUAGUGUUAAUCACAGUCUUAUGCACUUAUUUGUCUCAUGUACACUCUAUUCUUAGUUAAAUACACUAAAAUUACUAUUAAAUUAGGCUAAAAGGCCUAAAAAAGAUAUUUUGUGAAUUUUUGGCCAUUUUCAGCCUUUUUUUGAAAACCAGUAUGUUCCGACAUACUGGAGAAGGUAUUUAUAUGAUUUAUAGUGUAUGUUCAUUUGGUAUUUAUAUUGUACGUACGUACGGUAUUUGCAGCAUACGUACAGUACGUAUGCCAGUAUGAUAUUUAUAGUGUGUGCACCAUAUAAAUAUGGUACACCCAUGGAUCAAUACCAUCGGUCGUCACGAUACGACUGUCCAUGUCUAGGAUCAUAGGCAUUGUUGGAAACAUUCUAGACAAGCAUGCAUACACGAAUUUUCUGCUUUUUUUUAAAAGUAAGUUUGGAUCAUUAUUCCCAUAUGCACAAAAGAUGUCUAACACAAACCAUGCAGUUACAAAAGUGAAGAUUUAUAUCUGAAGUUCUUUCUGGCUAUUGGUUUGAAUAUAUGAUGCUUCAUGCAUGGUGUGCAAGGCAAAACCACGGUGCCGUUUCUUACUUUACAUGAUCAAAAACUUCAAAAGUUAUAUACGUCAUUAAGUAGCAAAGCAAGGACUUUGCAAAUCAUAUAGUAGAGUUUGUUGAUUCUACAAACUUGUUAUAGGUACAGGUCAUCAGUUUCUCAUCAAUAUUUGGAGAUUGUCCAAUAUUGCUAAGGCAAUUGGAUGUGGGUUGGGUUGAAAGCUGAGAAUAUGUCAGAAAGUGUUAGAACAAAGGAGAUUCUGCAUGCAAAGGAACUCUUUCUUAUAUGAACCUGCUAUAGAUCUAUCUCCUCAUACAACAUGCUUCAGAAAUAGAGAGUGAAUAUAUGACAAGUUUAAUUAUAUCAAAUAAUGAAAAAUAUAGUAACAUGCUUGCACUAUUUAAUCACCAAUUUGAGUGAAACAAGAUCUCUAUAAUCUAUUUUGUCAAACUAAAACAUGAAAGCUCUACCAGAUGAAAAUUUGCAACACUAUUUAUUUCUACUUAAUACACGAAAAAGGGUGAUUUCUUGUGGCCAUUUUGCAUGGCUUGCCUUAAUUAGUUUCUCAAUGGCUUUGAGUGGACUAUUGCUUUUCCUCCAUGAGAGUGAAUAAGAUAUACUGUGAGAAAAAAAGCAUUGGCACCUUCCUUUUAUCUAGCAAAGUCAAGUCAUCUAAAUUUUGCACCAUCAAUUUAGGCUCUUUGGCAACACUGUCUUUGGCUUUAACUCUUAUUAGUUUAUAAUUUAUAUUGCCAUGUUACCUUUUUGAUAGUCUGGAAAUUCUUGUGAAGCCCUGUUGCAGAUGUUAAUUCUGAUGUGCUUGGUUUACCACAAGCAGUUCAUCUUUCUUUUAAUAGGGCCUAAUUGGUAUAUAGCAUUACUAAACUCUUUUUUAAAAUAUAUCUUUCUGAAAAUAAUAAGCUCUUUGUUGAUAAUAAGUUGGAUUAGUUGAUUUUUUGUAGCUUAAAGCCUUGAACCCUUGUGAGACUUGGACAAGAAUGAUAACCAUGAUGAUUUAUUUUCUGCAUCAGAAAAUUAAUGUAAUAUAUAAUGCUUUAGAAUCUACACUGAACUUUGAACAUCAGCACAUUGUUGAUAUACUAGUAUGCAGGUCAACCUACCAAUACAUGUACUGUUUCUUCUAAUGAUUUCCAUAUGGAUGAAUCUUUGCUGGUCGAUGUGUUUCAUACUAUGUUUAUCGUAUGUGUCCUUUGAGAGAGCUGUCAACCAUUAUAGUCAUCUUCCAUACUACAUUGUGUCAUAUAUUUUGAAGUAAUUCAUAUGAGAUUUUUGUCAUCCGUAAAUAUGCUAUCCUCCCCGAUUAAUUUGUAUAUGUUGAUGUGGAAAAAGAUGAACAUUUUACCUAAGUGGAAGCUUCGAUACAAAUCACGUAUAUAUAAUAUGCUAUAUUUCACAUGGAUUAAAAACAGACAUGAGAUGUGUAUUUAGUUUCCAUGUAAAAUUGAUUUUUUGUUGUUGUUUGAACAUGUCUUUGCUUGCAUGUUUGAUGACUCAUGCUGAUGAUACAAUGGACUUCUUUUGUGUGUGUUAGCCUUGAAUAUUUUUUUUAUUCCUGACAUUUACCAAUCUAAAAUGUUUAUGCC